GAUUACCACACCCUUUGUAAGAGAACAAAACUCAGCUAUUCGGAUUCAUCUCUGAGGAUGAAGACUUCUUUGUCACUUGUGUUUAGCGUAGUAUUUUUUUUGGAAGGAGUGUCAAUCCUUUUAGGAAAUAUUUUUACUAUCUUCGUUUUCUGGAAACAUCGAGCGGAGUUGAAAAGAACUUCGUAUCUUCUUGUGAAUUUAGCUGUUGCUGAUCUGUUAAUGGCAAUCAGCAUCUUUUUGGGCUGCGAAGUGCUAAACGUGGCUGAAGGCCAUAAUGAUUUGAUAAAACGAUGGCAAUUCACCUUUUUUAUGAUUUGGGACACGCUGUGUGGAACAACCUCGCUGCUUAAUUUACUAGUGAUAUCACUGGAGCGUCUUUACGCAGUUCGCUGGCCUUUCCGUCAUCGCACUUUGAGCACUAGAACCUAUAUCUACAGUCUCGUCUUCGUUUGGGUUACUGGUGUACUUAUCCCUUCGUUUCAUUCCAUUUCGUUCGCCUUUGUUGAACAUAGCAGAGUGAUUUAUAUUAUUGCUAUCUUGAUUGUCUUAGUCGUGUUAAUUCUCAUUUGUGUAGGAUAUUUCCUCAUAUUCUUGCAAACAACACAGAAUAUCCCCGACGGAUUCCACCAAAGACGUAUUCAGCAAAACAAGAAGUUGAGCAAGACUCUCUGUAUUGUUACGUUUUUCUCCCUCGUCUGCUGGUCUCCUUUUAUCGUCAUGGCUCUAGCUAUCGAAAAUUCAUUGAACUUAUUUCACUCUAAUCUUGUUCUUCUUUUCAAGGUCAUGCAAUACGGAAACUCCCUCGUUAAUCCUAUAGUCUACAGCUUUCGAAUGCCAUUGUUCAAGUCAGAGAUCAAGGAUUGCUUUAUCAAAAUUUUUGGGGCAAGGAAAACUAUCAUCAGUGUAAAUCAACAGAUAGAUGCGCGCCCUAAGCCAAGCAGAAAGAAAAUUAUUGAUUUAGGAUUUUACGAUACGAAACUAUAAUGACUUUAUACAAGCCAGACGUUUCGUUUAGAUUACAGUGAGGUUACUAGAUUCUUAAAAAAACCACUUGUGAGCCAUAUCAGUUUGUAGGAUAACAGUAACUCAUCUUUUAAUCUAUUCUGGUUAUCCAACGAAAAGCCAGUCCAAGAGACACGCAGAAAGAAUGGCUAGAGCAAAAGAAUAUGUUGGAAUAUACUAUCCUGUAAAUAGAGUGACGAGGACUUGUGCGUAAGGACUUGGGAUCAAAGCGACACUUUUAGCCUUCAGUCAUGGCCAUACAUCAAGUAAGAAAAUUGUUAAAUCAAAAUAUGAAGAGUCACACACUGAGCUAGCUUAUCAACACUGAAGUUUAUUCCGUGAUAACCACACCGGGUUAAACUCAUAUCUCAGCAUAUACAUCUAACUUGCGCGAAGAAUUUGAUGGGGGUGUGACGCUAUGAUCUUCCGCUCUACAGUCUGCGCUUCUGGUUCAAGAAAUUCUUGCUUUAUAAUUUUUAUCGAUCUUAAAACUUGAUGCAACUUGAACUGAAUUGAUGAAAUUUCUGUCAAUUCUUAACUCAAAAUUUGGAACGACAUUUUGUUUAUUUGGACUAACACUGCUAUAAAAGGUAU